UUACUUAAUGAAAAUGAAAGCUUUAACGGUUGAAUGGCGGUGGAAUUAGCAACUUUAACAGACAGUUUCCUCCCUGAAGUAGUGGAUCUCAUCUUCAAGAACUACCAAGACAAAUCCCACAGUUGCGGCCUCUCGAAAGAGGACCGAAAGCAGUUGUUUUACCACUUAUCGCAAUUGCUGGGAGCAGAGCUGGUGGAGCGAUCCUUGCACCUGCUGGACAGAUAUAGCUUCAUCUACUACUAUUCCAAAAACAAUCGCAAACAGUGCGUUGCGGAACUCCACAAAGGAACGCUUUAUUACCGAGUGAUCCCAGGGAAUAACUACUGCAAGUGCGACUUCUUCCAAAGCCAUGUCCUGCAGCUGCCCAGCGGAGUGCUGUACCACGACCUGCCAAGGGACAUAACCACCACACUGGACGGCUGGAGCGACGCCAGCAGGGUUUCGUACACCUGCCCGCACGUUUUGGCCCUUAAGCUGCAUCAAUUGCUGCAGCAUCCUGCGGAACAGGCAGUCGCUGAUGAAGAGUUUAGGGCCCUGCGUAGCUCCAUCUACCUAGACUAGAAUGGAGGACCAU